CAGUGCAGUCUCGAGCCUCGCGUCGAUCGCAACGGAUUUCAUUAUUUCUCGGCUCUCUCCAUGCUCGACUGCCUCUUUCUAGAGUAACGAACCGCCGGCAGGUGUGUGGUGCAGUGGCGAUAAUAAAACACGUGAAAAUAAUCCUUUUGGCUAGAGGAACGUGGAAAUGUUCUAUUCGAAAGAGAUCGAUUACGAUUUAUUGCAAAAAUUAAUACCGUGGAAUUGAUGAUAAUAAAAUAAUCAGAAUUCUUCAGAAAGAUAUCCGUUCAACCAGAAGUAAAUUUGAGGAGAGAAUAUAAUAACUCUAUCUCGCGAUAAAAAAUAUCUAAAUGACAGGAAUCGGUUGCGUCAAUCAAAUUAAUCUCACAAGAGUACGAUGAUGAUUGUUUUAUCUCUACGACGAGCACGAGAUGAAUCUUAGAGAUUUUAGAAUCUCGUAAAUGAUCGAGAAGAAUUAUUAUCGAAGUAUCAUCCACAUUUUGGGGAUGUCGACUUACGCGAGAUGGACUUUAUGGCCGGCAAGAACGCGUUUUCGACGCUAUCUGACGAGUAUCGCGUGCUACCGGAAGUGUUGAUGAUGAACGAGCCGGAUCCACGAGGUAGAUCGAACUGGUGAUUUCAAAACGAAUUCCGGUGCUUCUUGAAAAGUGAUAUUUUUGACUUUUCAUUUAUCGUUUCCCUUUCUCGUUUACGUUUGACUCGUUCUUUCAUAAGAACAGUGAAAAAGAUUUAUUUUUGUCCUUGUCGAUAUUAUAAAAAAAGAUCGGAUAUCUCGGCAUCGUCUCGAUAAUUGAACAAUUUUUUGGUGGAAGACGGGUGAUCAGACAGCCAUGGACUGGCGGGGAGUCGCAUUGGCAUUUUUAUCGAUCACAAUAGCGAGGCACAGCACCACACGCGCGGCCCAAAUACCCCAGCAACCGCCUACGUCGACCGUUGGGAUAGCGAGCACUGUGCAGAUCGAGUGUGCGAGUGAGUCGAUAAUCGUGCACAUCUCGACCGAGGGAAAAACGGAUUUCCAUGGUCUGGUGUAUCCUAGGGGGUUGUCGAAGAACAGCUCUUGCCUGCAAGAGUACAGAAGCCAACCCACUCCUAUAACUUACAACCUGCCCCUCAGAUCUUGCAACACCAUGCCCACGCAAUUGGACGACGGAGGUAUCGAGUACUUCAACACGAUAGUUGUCCAGCCGCACCUGAAGCUGGUCACGAAUCAGGGCAGGGGUUUCCACGUGAGAUGCCGAUAUCAAACGAGGGACAAAGUGGUAACGAACGAUCAAACCCACGUGGCCAUGCUGCAAUCCCUACCGCUCCAGGCAACGGCUCCCAUGCCGGGAUGCACGAUGAAGAUCUUCAGCGGGGAUCCGACGAGGCAUCAAGUGGCGGAAAACGUGAAGAUCGGGGAUCCUUUGACCUUGGUCAUUAACAUCGACAAACAGGAAAUGUUCGGCCUCAAGAUAUCCGACUGCCUGGUGCGCGACGGGUUGGGAUGGGGUGAGCAGAGGCUCAUAAACGACCAAGGAUGCCCGGUCGACGGUGAAAUCAUGGGAGAAUUCACGUACAACGAGGAUAAAACUGAGGCAAAGGUCGAUUUCCAGGCGCACAAGUUCCCUUAUACAGCGAGCGUUUACUAUCAAUGCAACGUCAGAUUAUGCGUGAAACACGAUGGAGGAUGUAGCAACACGCCACCGGCGUGUAAUUCGAUAUCCAGACGACGCAGGGACACUGUCAACGACGAUACGGUGAAAGGCGUGGAGGGCUUGGACGGAGGGACGCCGGCUACUAUCGAGGUUUACAGCGGUUUGUACGUGAACGAAGCGUCAGACGUUGCUUCCAAGUCGGACUUCACCGACGACGUGUUCAGAGAAAGGACCGUCGACGAUCCGAACAGCUUUUGCAUAUCGCAAAGGAGCUUCGCCAUCGGCAUCGCGAUCGCGGGUCUGAUCCUCAUGCUGGCGGUGGUUGCGGCCAUUUUGGUACUGUUGACGAAGAGACGGCACAAGACCGUAUCGACGACGGGCUCGUCCAUUUACAGCGGACCUUACACGAACACGGCGUACAGUCACAGCAGUUAAGCUGCUCGAGCAAAAAAGCGUGGGGAGAGGAUAUCGAAUAAUCCGAAAAAAACUGUAACCGCGCUAUUUUGUAGCGAGGCGAUCGAAUGGACACACGAAUGGUCUAUUAUUAAAGAAAAUUUGACCAAUAAUAUAAUCGGUUCUCUACGUUACACGACCUCGGUGUGUACAACGAGAUGUACGAAGAAUUUAGGUGGAAUUUACAAGAGAUUUUUGCUCAAACUGCCUUUUGCUAAUUAUCGCUUCUUCGAGAAGAUAGCUGAGAACACGAUAGGUCUGAAUACGUGAUUUCCAAUUCGUCGAUCCAUUGUUAUCUUUUUAUUCUAGAGAUCUUGCCAUCCUUUCUUUCAUACAACUCGUUCAACGAUUGUUUAACUUUCGAAUUUACCUCUCUAUUUAUCGUGAACUUGUUGUGUUCUGUUAGAAGCACGUGUUGGGACCUAAAAUAAAUUUUAGAGAAAUCCAAGCCUAGCCCGAAAAAAAUUGAAACGAAGCGACACGAAUCCUUAGGAUUAACUUUAAUAUAUAUAUAUAUAUAUAUAUAUAUAUUAUAUUAUUAUUAUAUUAUAUAUUAUAUAAAUAUUGUAUACUAGUCCGGUAUACGCUGUCCUAGCUAACAUAGCAGCCGCACUAAACAGAAGGCGCACAUCACGCGAAAAUAUUCUCUCUGUCUUCGUUGCUCUUCUACUAAUUUAAUUUUAAUCACCAGCGCAGAACGACUCACUCUAGCGUUCGAAGUGAAGUCGACAGAGACACUUUUUAAACGAAUCAAACGGCCCAAUGAUUUUUACCGUCCUUCUUUUCUCUCUCCCAACUUCCGUGAACAAGUAUCAUAUUUUCUAUGUCCUUUCCAACUAUUUAUAUAGUCACCGUCUUCCUUUCCUUUCUCUUUUUUUUUUUCUUUAAACAAAUUUCAUAGACAAAGAAAUAAUCUCUGAAGCGCAUGGAGUUUGGUCGAUUAAAUUGUGACAUCGUUUUUUUAAAAGAAAUCUGUUGUUAUUCUGCUUUUCUUUUUUUUUUUACCGUUUAAAGAAAAAUUUCAUUACAUAUGCGUAACGUACCUCUGGUAGGCGAGACCAGCUCCUGAUUAAUCGAUCAGAGACAAGUUUCCAAUGCGUUCGAACCAAUCGAGGCAAACUUAUGUAUAGAUAUGCAUAUCGGUUAUUAUAAGUACGUCCGACUAUGUGCUUCGAUGUUACGCGAGACCGAGUCCCGUUGCCGUGAGAACGAGGCGAAAAGAAAUGUUGCAACAAUUGAUCAGAUUCACACCAAAGAUUGUGAAAAGGUGUUUGAAAAAAGUUAUUGCGAGCUGGACGCGUCUCGUGCCGUCGGCUAUGGGACACUCGCAGCGAGUGUGGCGAUAAAUGAGUGUAUAAUCCAUUAUAACGCUUAAACCGUAAACUAGUUUCCACUGAAUCGAGGUGCUGCUCCCUGAUAUCGAUACCCUUUAACUGAAAAUCGGAAGUAAUCAAAAUUGGAAGUACUUGUUUUUAUCGUUCCUUCGAUUCCUUUGCGAUAAGAAAAUUAAUCUUAAAAUCGAGCAGAUCUAGUAAUUUUUUUUUGGUAAAAGUAAUCAAAAAACGUGAGGGUAUCGAUAUUUCGUGUUUUGCGUGGAGCGUUUUUUUUCUUUGUUUAGUUUUAAUUUGUGAAGAAAAAAAAACUGACGUAACUGGGUCCAACGUGGUGGUGGGUAUACAGAUCGUAAAAAUUACAUUUAAAGAGAACAGAGGGGGGGAAAAAAAGAAGAAAGAAUGGACGUGCAAACGUAACACUCGUAAUUUAUGAGCUAUUAUCGAGAAAAAGAAAAAUCGAGAAAAAGAAAAUAUAUGCGGAGAAAAAUGUUGAUUUGGUUUAUAGAGAAUCGUUUUUUUUUUCUGACGAUCGUUCAAAACUUCAGUAGAACUGGAGACACAAUUACAAUUGUAAUUUAUCGUGAAAUUAUGCGACAGAAUAAUUUUAAUUUUGUAACGAUGUAAUUUAUAUUCAAAACGUUUAUUGAUUUUAAGAAUUUAAAUUUCUAACGCUAAGAUAAAUAAAUUUUUAUCCAAAAUAAUCAAUAAUUUUUCGUCACAAUAUGUUAGAAAUUUAAUAAUUUUUUGUAAAGUGCAAUAAUUUUGAAUGAUCAAUAAUAUAAAAUCAUAGAUCAAAAACACCCGACGAAUAUAUAACAAACGAGCGUUGUCGUUUCGUCGUAUUAGUGGCAUUGGUUCAUAGCGACAUUGGGGAUAAAAAUAUCUGUAUAAACUUCUUUUUGUAAGGAUACGCGAUUUUUCUCUAGAUCCCGCAAUGUUUCUCUGGACCCUUGUCCAAAACUUACAACGAACUUGUGUAAAUAACGAAAACGUAAUAAAUCUUAUAAUCAUAAA